CGGCGGCGUGGAGGUCGUUGGAAGAGGGCGUACGGCCGCGGCUCAGCGUUCUCGCGCCGCUGCGGCAAGUGAGAGUGGGCUAGGCGACCGAGCUAAGCCCAGUCAGCUGUCGCAGGGUCCUGCCCACGGGCCUCUGACCGGCGCGUGUGUGUGAAGCGGCGACCUGGCGCCGAUGCUGUGCCCGCCGGGCAUGGGCGGCAAUGUGGCGGCGGCCGACGGUGACCUGUGGCGGAUGGCGCCGGCCCUGGCGCGCCAGACGCGCCGCUGCCGACUGGCCGCGUUUGGGGGCACGCCGGCGCGUCGCUGUCUCUCCGAGCCGGCCGACAGCCAGCUGCUGAACCAGUUCGUCAAGGAGGAGCACGCCGCGUGUCGCGCCGCCGACCGCAGUCGCUACAACUUCGACUUCGACCUGAUGCUGCCGCUGGAGGGUGGUCACUUCGUGUGGGAGCGGGUGGGGCCGGCGGGCGCGGCACGGCCGCGGCCCGAGCCUGUGCCUAGGCCCAGCUCGCCGACCCCGACCGCGCCCAGCCCGGCCGUGUUCGGCGCCGAGCCGGCCGAGCUGCGGUUCGCCGCCGACGUUGUGCGGCCUAGGGUGGGCGCGCCGCGGGCGCCGUCCGAGAUCAUCCCGCGGAGGAGGUCGGACGCCGGCGGCGUGCCCUCGUUGGAGGAGGCGCCGCGCCACGCCGAGCAGGCCUGGUCACCGGCCGCGCUACACUCCGAAGCCGCCGUGCAACAGACUGCCAUUACAGACUUUCUGCGGAGCCGGAAGCGUCCGUCGGCCUUCUCGCCGUGCGAAGGCCGCAGCGCCAAGCUGUCCAGCGCUCGGGAGCGGUCAGGGGCCGCGGAAGCGCGGCUGCCCGCCGCCGACGGAGCGGCUGGGACGGAGCGGCCGUCGCCGCUGGCUUAGUCGGCCCGGCCGCGGAGCGCCAGGUCCGGACAGCGCACCGGUCCGAGUCGUCAGGGCCGGUCUAGCCCCGACGGCGACCCUGGCGUCGGUCCAUCUCACCCAGCGGUGAUCGGCGUCGACCGAACGGUGUCACACUGACACCGACAGGAUUCUCGUUGGCUCCACCGUGUUGAUCCGGUUUGGACAGGCGGCGGAAUGGUCCCAGUGGAAGCCGAGCGGGGCUGGAAGGCGAGCCUCGCGAGCGAUCUCAGCAGUCGCCGCUGCUGACCUCGUGAUACCGUGUCGUUGGCUCCGCGGUGGCCGCACCUGGCUGUUUGUCGUCGAGCUUCGGCGAGGUCAGAGGUCAGGGAUCGUGACCCCGACCGUGGGACGUAGCCCGCGGUCAGACAUGUGAUACCGGUGCCUUUCUCUGCGACUGGGCAGCGCAGGUGACUAUGUGCAUGCCGAGGCUAGGCGCCAGUGACGCGGCUUGCGCUCGGCGUCCAGUGGCGUCAGAGCAGAGCUGCCGCGACAGUGGGGUAAGGCUGGACCCGUGUGCCGGCUUGUAUAGGGGCCCUGUCAUGUUCUGUUUGUGACCGAUGCCUGCGCCUUAACGUAGAGGGGUCGGCCGGAGCCUGCGGAGGACCCCGCGCGCAGCCUUGGCCAGAUUGUAACGCCCAGAGAUCUCGUACCAGCGACGUACCAACGACCGCACCGGUCCCAACCCGACCGGACACCAGGCUACAAACCCGGACGAUCUCGCGUCAACAGCUGUACUCUGCCUGUGCCGUCUUUCGGGAGCCCCGCCGACGGUGCGGGCGCCGGCCCAUGUCUGUGAUGACGAGCUAUUGUUUUGAUAGCGUUUUGCUGGUUUUGACUUCGUAUGAUGUUUUUCAGGCGAAAUAAAAUGUGAA